UUUUUUCCUCUACGUUUUAUCUGUUUGAUUGUUUGUUGCUGGUGUUUGUUUUUAUCUCUUGGUAACAUCACAGAAUCAGAAAAGUGUCAUGGAUGAAUGAACAAUCUUUGAAGUCACUGACUGUGUUAUCUAACCAGAUUUUUAACAAGAGCUAACAGUUACACCAUGUGGCCUUUCACCAAGAGUGGUAGUGCUGGCAUUCCACCAGGAACCGGUCUGUAUCCUGUUGGGUGCAUGGACAUCAUGUCAGACAGUAGUUUGUCAGGAACCUUCCUCCGAUUAUUUUAUCCAACGAAUAAACAAAACAAAAAUCCCUCAAACUUUCCACCCUGGCUCCCGAGCAAGGAAUAUGCAAGAGGGUACAUUGACUACACAGGAUUCAAAAACUCAAGAGCAUCAUUUACUGCAGCAAUUCUCAAUUACUUGACAGAAGACUUCAAGAUCCCUGCAACUUGGAAUGCCCCACUUGCCAAGUCGGAGUCUCCUUUUCCAGUUUUAAUAUUCUCCCACGGUCUGUCAGGAUGCAGAACGACGUACUCCACAGUAUGUCUUGAAAUGGCCUCCCAUGGUUUCAUUGUUGGUGCUGUUGAACACAGAGAUAAGUCUGCUUGUACAACUUACAUCAUCAAAGAAGUGUCGGAAGAAAAUGAGGAAGGCUGUAAAGCACCCUCUAGAGGCAGAAUACAGGAAUGGAUACCUAUUCUCCUCGUGGAAGGAGAUGAUUUCGAGAUCAGGAACAAUCAGCUCAAUACUAGAGCUGCAGAGUGUAUUCGUGCAUUGGACUUACUAAUCAGGAUGAAUAGCGGUGAACGAGUAGUCAACUCACUCGAUGAUCAGUUUGAUGCAACCAUGUUUAAGAACGUGAUGAACGUCGACAAGGUUGGGAUUUGUGGGCAUUCAUUUGGAGCUGCGACAUCUAUACUCACUUUAGCAAAAGACAAACGAUUCAAGUGUGGGGUAGCAUUGGAUGCAUGGCUGUUCCCUGUGGAUAAAACAAGUUAUGCCGAUAUUGAACAACCUGUGCUGUUAAUAAACACUGAGAAGUUUCAUUGGCCGGCAAACAUCGCCAAAAUGAUCAGACUGGUGCCUGACUUCAACCAACCCACCGAUGAUAGGAGAAUGAUAACGAUAAGGGGAACUGUUCACCAGAGUCAGACUGACUUCACCCUUUUGUUCCGAUCCUCGAUGUCCAAAUGGAUGGGGUUUGCAGGAACGCUGGAUCCCAAGCUGGGCAUGGAGAUCAAUCUAAACGCUACGGUUGCCUUUCUCUCUGCUAAACUUGGGCUGCCAUACAACAAGGACUAUGACAAGAUCCUACUGGGUGAAAAUAAACACAUCAUAGUCGGCACCAACAUCAAGCUUGACCCAGACAAGGUAUUAGAAACUCAGGCUAGUCUAUAAAAACAAUCAACAUUUCUAGAUUGAAAGGCAGUGGACACUAAUGGUAAUUACCCAGACCAAACCUCUGCUCAUGGAUAUCCUCCCACAAUUGGCCAGGCUCUCGUCCACUUUUUCAUUAUAGUAGAAGUGGCGUCUAUAUGUGAUAGGAUAUUAUACAAAUAAUGAAUGUUUGUGAGUGCAAUGGUGCGAAUAUGUUCAUGAGUUGAAAGAUGGAAUGUUCUA